AUGCCGGAACGACGUACAUUAAAAAAAGGUGCGUUGGGCAAGAAAUGAUCCCGAUGUCCUUCACUCGUUUUCGAUUUAAAUUUAAAUUCAGAAACUCCAUGAAUUCCGCUCAGUUUACGUGGGCAAAACACGGCUACCUUUGUCUGUCCUCACCCAACUCCAAUCCAGUUGUAGACUUAACGAUAUGUAUGGAUGUUGCAUCUAAUCCAGGACCGGACCGCCGAAUUACGCACAGUUUAAAAGUUCUCUAUCUUAAUGCAAGGAGCUAGUCUGAAAGCUUUUAUACCUCUUGACGAAACCUCACUCAAGGUAUGCACGAUAAGGGAAAGUACAUUUAUUAUGCCGAGGGGGGGAUGAAGAUGUUAAGGGGGGGCUCCGAAAUAUUUUCUGGCAUUAAAGGGGGGGCUCUGAAAGUUCUUGAUAUACUGAAGGGGGGGCCCCCCCCCACACCAAACGUCAGAUGCUUUGCUACGUCCCUGAUGGUUGUAUUCGAAACCGAUUUCAGUUUUAAGAUAUCCUUAGUCUGCUCUUUUAAAUGGAUACAUGAAAUCACCGAUAGCUUAUUUUAAAUUUUUUUGCGCCAGGUUUGUGAAGUAAUUUACGCAGUAAAAAGCAUAUACAAUUUGCAAGAAUGAUAUGUUCUAUGUUUACGGGAUAUUUCGUACAAACGGGAUGGAAAUUAAAGAAAUUGAAGCAUACUGGCACGCGCUCAAUGAUGGACAACAACAACCUGUUGAUAAUUCCACCCUAGAGCCAAUUUAAAAUGUUUUAAAGACGGUGCCAUUUCAUCUGGCGCUAGUGAGAUGAAAGAAGCAGCAGAUCGGUAGUUUUGUUAAGAAGAAGAACUGAGUAGCACUUGAGUAUAUCAGACAUCUUGAGGAACUGCAAAUUGUAUCUAUGAUAAGAGAGAAUUCCGGAUUGUACUCCUUCGAUUCCGAAUUCUAGAGAGGAGGGGGGGGGGCAUUGAAAAUUUUAAAAACUUCGAGGGGGGGCAUCGAAAUUUACCGAUAACCUCAACAGGGGCCCUGUAAAAAUAUGAGCUUUUUUCAAGACAUCUUCAUCCCCCUCCCUCGGUGUAAUAAAUGUACUUUCCCUAACACUUUUGCAACUAGUUCAUGGCGGCGGUUAUGAUGUGGUGUGUAUAUGCGAGACCUGGUUGAACGACAGCAUUCCCGACAGUGAAAUACUACCUGGUUACAACAUAUUUCGCAAAGAUCGAGCGAACAAGAUUGGUGGUGGCGUUUUAGUCGGCAUUAAGUCAGACUUGGAAGCAUCACACCGCCCAGAUCUUGAAAGACCAAACUGCGAGCUUGUCGUUAUACAACUUAAACAAACGAACAGUAAACCGGUGACCCUAUACACCUUCUACCGUCCACCUAACGCUGCACCCGAUGCCUUGCACGAACUGAAUGAUUCACUCCAAAGUAAGUCAGAAAAUGAUGGCGUUGUAGUUGUAAGAGACUUUAAUCUUCCUGGCGUGACAUGGUCUGAGGAUCACACACCACCAAUGAGCUCAAGAGGACAUAUGGAAAAUGAGCGUUUCUGUGAACUGUUCAAUGACAAUUUUCUUCAACAGCAUAUCACAGGAUCUACGCACCUCGGAGGAAAUAAAUUGGAUUUGCUACUAUGUAACCAACCUGAACUAAUCCGAGAUAUUAGAACGCUGGAUCAUUGUGAUUUCCCCAGUGAUCAUUUUCCAGUCGAGUUCUCAAUUACACAAACUUUCAGUCGAGCUCGUCGUAUCCGACUUAAUGUUUAUGAUUUCAAUCAUGGAAGAUUUCAAGAACUUCGGACGUUCCUACAGAGAACACCGAUUGAAAUAGAUCUCACAGAAAAUAUUGACGAGUGUUGGAUGCAAUGGAAAAGUAAUUUUCAAGCAGCCGUUGAUCAAUUUGUCCCUGUUAAGACGAUAACCAAUAAAAAUUCUCCACCAUGGAUUGACUGUGAGGUUCGAUAUCUCAUUCGAAAGAAAUAUACUGCACUGAGAAACUACCGUUUGGAUAAGUCAGAUUCUUGGAAAUUGAAACUACGAACAAUCAGUCAAAACGUUAAAAAAUUAAUCAGGCGAAAGCACCGUGAAUAUCUUCAUAAGAUUCAAUCAUCGUUCUGUUCCAAUCCUAAAACAUUUUGGUCUUAUCAUAAAGCUAUGCUUCACAAUCGAACAGAUCAAAAUACUCGCAUAACAUAUAACGGCAUCCAGGGCCUUUUUUAAGGAUUUUCCCGUGGGGGGGCAUUUUUUGAAAAGGGACCUUUCUGUGAGAUAAUAGGGAGCUUUAGAUUUGACUACGAGUACGACUACGAGUACGAGAUUUGAUCGCGUGCUAGGAAAUUACCGCAGUCGUUUUCGUUUCCAUUCAAAUGUUGCUUUUACAGCAGUAAACCAACAAUGAGAGAAAAAGUUUCAUAAACUAAAUCUCCUGCAGACUAAAAUCCCCUAAGAAACGUGUAAAUAGUCAUAACAUUCAAAACAGGCCAGAUAUUUAGUACUAAUAUAUUAUUUGCGCCGGAUAAACGCUAUAUAAAUGCUACAAAUUAUUUUUGGAAAACAAAAAAAAGCCAACUUUCUUUGUUUUUUUGAAAAGUCGUAGUGAGGACUACGAGAUUUCUCCACAAUUUCGUACUCAGAUGGGCGACGAGUACGACUUUUUCGCGUCAGUACGGGAUGGCGUAAGCAUACAGCAUGCGUUUUCGCUUGACGAAUCUCGUACUCGUAGUCGUAAUCGUAGUCAAAUCUAAAGUUCCCUAAUAUAUUACAGGGAGAUAGCAAUGGCUGAAGGCCACGUGUGCGCCGAACAUACCAUGCACGCAUGUAUGAGGGGGGGGUGUACUCCCCCAGAAAAUUUUUGAAAUUUGAAGCACAGAAAUGCCAUUUCCUGCAUUCUGAGCACCCAAAUGCGCUCCAAAAUGUAUAGUAACUAUACUUGUAUUUAAAAUAAAAGAAGGAAAAAACCCACAAAAAGUUAAAAAAAUUAACCAUAAUUUAUCAUUACUUAUUAGAGGAGGAUCCCAAUGGUCACGUGUAUGGGGGUGUACUCCCCCAGAAAAUUUUUGAAAUUUGAAACACGGAAAUGCCAUUUCCUGCAUUCUGAGCAUCCAAAUUUGCUCUAAAAUUUAUGCUAACUAUACUUGUAUUUGAAAUAAAAGAAGGGAAAAAUGCACAAAAAGUAAAAAAGAAUAUUAUCCGUAAUUUAUCAUUAUACUUAUUAGAGGAGGAUACCAAUGGCCGAAGGCCACGUGUGUGGUGGCAUAAUCUCCAGAAAAUUUUUCAAAUUUGAAACCUGGAAAUGCUCUUUCCUGCAUUCUGAGCAACCAAAAAAUAAAAAAAUUAUUAACAAUAAUUUAUCAUUACUUAGUGGUAGAAAAACGUAACAAUUUAGAUCGAUGUUGUUAAACAAGGACAAAGGAUAAAGCCUAAAACUUACUUUCCGUUUAUUUAUUUGUUAUUCUUCGCUGUUUUGUUGGUAUAAAUUUAGGAAAAAGGGACUGGGGGGGCAAAAUGUGAUUUCGUGGGGGGCCCCCCAGCUUGUAUGUUAAAAAAGGCCCUGACGGCAUCACGGCGAAAACCCCACGCGAAAAAGCAGAACUUUUUAACUCAUACUUUGCGUCUGUUUUUCAAACUUCACGAUUGAACAAAAGCACGGAGAACGAUGAUUACGACGACACUCCACCUAAAACUCAUGUAGAGUUGUCCAAUAUUACUGUUAGUGUGGAAGAAGUCGUGAACAAUUUAAGCAAUUUAGAUGUAACCAAGGCACAUGGCCCUGACGGAAUUCACCCUCGCCUAUUAAAGGAAUGUAGUGAACAAAUUGGACAAAGUUUGUGUGCGUUAUUCAAUCAUUCUCCGAACUGCGGCAGAGUACCCAUAGAAUGGAAGGCUGCGAACAUCACACCUGUUCAUAAGAAGGAGUCAAAAGAAGUAGCUGAGAACUUUCGUCCUAUCUCGCUGUUGUCGAUUGUUAGCAAGAUUCUCGAACGCUCUGUAUGCAGCAAUCUGUACAACCAUAUAUCCCAUCUAAUCGCUGAUGAACAACAUGGCUUCAUCAGAAACCGAUCGUGUGUGUCACAACUUCUGCCUGUUUUCCACGCUAUCGGCAAGAGCUUGGACAAGAACAUUCAAACAGACAUUCUAUAUUUGGACUUCGCCAAAGCAUUCGACUCCGUUGACCAUGACAUUCUCCUUGCCAAACUAAAAUCAUAUGGGUAA